AUUUACCUUGCCUCUGCUCUUCUUCUCCGAUCACCACACCUGAGUAGCUGAGCAGUUUUCGGCGACCACCAUGGCCGCGCGGCGCCGCAUCUUCGCCCGCCUCGCCGCCGCGCUCCUCAUUGCCUUCCUCCUCGCGCAGCUCGCCUCCUCCCAGCCGCCGUGGCAGAACUGCGGGGACAGCGGCAAUAAUUACGCGGCGAACAGCACCUACCAAUCCAACCUAGGGCAGCUCUCCGCCACCCUCCCCAAGAAGGCGUCGGCCUCCCGGACGCUCUUCGCCACCGGCAGCGUCGGAUCCGUCCCGGAAAUCGCCUAUGCGCUCGCGCUCUGCCGCGGCGACACCAACGCCUCCGCCUGCGAGGCCUGCGUCGCCACCGCCUUCCAGGACGCGCAGCAGCUCUGCGCCUACAGGAAGGAUGCCGCGGUAUUCUACGACCUCUGCUACCUCCGCUUCUCCAACCAGAACUUCCCCGCCACCAACAGCAACGGGAACCCCAUCGUCCUCAAGAACUCGCAGAAGGUGAGCUCGCCGGUGGAGGUGUUCGAUACCGCCGUCCGCCAACUCCUCAACGCCACCGGAAAUUACGCGGCCGCAAACUCGUCCAGGCGGUUCGCCACGGGGGAGGAGGGUUUCGAUAGUAGCAACCCCACCAUCUACGGGCUGGUGCAGUGCACUCCAGACAUGUCGCCGGCCGAUUGCCGGAGCUGCCUUGGAGGCAUAAUUGCGCUGAUGCCGCGGUAUGUCAGCGGGAUGCUGGGCGGGAGGAUUAUUGGGGUGCGGUGCAAUUUCAGGUACGAGGUGACUCCUUUCUUCUCCGGAGGCCCGAUGCUGCAGCUUCCUGCGCCGGCGCCUCCACCUGUAGCUGCAAACAUCACGCCACCAACGGCGACAGGAGGAAGAACGGGAAUUAAGACUGGGAUAGUUCUAGCCAUUGCACUUCCUAUAGUUGCUGCCCUGCUAGCUAUCAUUUUGAUUGGUCUCUGUAUCCGGAGGCAGAGAAGAAGAACAGAAAGAACACGAUUGCCAUUACAUUCAACUGACACAGAUGACAUUGAAAGCAUAGAUUCACUUAUUCUUGAUCUGUCAACACUACGUGCUGCAACAGAUAACUUUCCUGAGAGCAAUAGGCUUGGUGAAGGAGGGUUUGGUGCUGUUUAUAAGGGUAUCCUUCCUGAUGGUCAAGAAAUAGCUGUAAAGAGGCUCUCCAAGAGUUCAGCACAAGGAAUAGGGGAGCUAAAGAAUGAGCUUGUUUUGGUUGCCAAGCUUCAACACAAGAAUCUUGUCAGGCUUGUUGGUGUUUGCUUGCAGGAAAAUGAGAAACUGCUCGUGUAUGAAUACAUGCCCAAUAGAAGCAUUGACACCAUACUUUUUGACCGAGAGAAAAGAAAGGAGCUAGGCUGGGGAAAGAGAUUAAAGAUAAUAAAUGGAAUUGCUAGAGGAUUACAAUAUCUUCAUGAGGAUUCUCAGAUGAGAAUAAUUCACCGCGACCUCAAAGCAAGCAAUGUUCUAUUAGACUCUGGUCAUACACCAAAGAUUUCAGACUUCGGCUUGGCAAGGCUAUUUGGAGCGGAUCAAACACGGGACAUCACGAACCGUGUUAUUGGAACAUACGGAUAUAUGGCCCCAGAGUAUGCUAUGCGUGGCCACUACUCUGUAAAGUCGGAUGUCUUCAGCUUUGGAAUUUUGAUGCUAGAAAUUGUGACGGGAAGAAGCAGCAGCGGCUCCUUUAACUUUGAUCAAUCUACCGAUCUCUUAAGUCUUAUAUGGGAACACUGGACCACUGGAACAGUUGCAGAGAUCAUGGAUUCUACUUUGAGAGGUCAUGCUCCAGGAGACCAGAUGCUCAAGCUUUUUCACAUCGGACUACUGUGUGUUCAAGAUAACCCAGCAGAUAGACCAGCGAUGUCGACAGUAAACAUCAUGCUUAGCAGUAAUACUGUUUCUCUCCCGUCUCCAUCCAAGCCAGCAUUUUUCGUUUCCAAUAGCGGCACAUACUCAAGUCCAUACUUGGAGUCAUACCCUACAGCUUCCACUAAAUAUUCACCGUAGCAUUUCAGGCAAGCAAGUUACUGUGGCUAAGACCAGUAUCGCUGUGUUGCAUGGAAUUAGUCUCUCUUUUUUUCCUUCUAGGAAUGUUAUUAUGAUUUUCCUUGCAACUAUUGCAUUUGAAUUUGUAAUUUUAUUGAAAUAGAUGACA